CCUGGGAGCCAGCGCAGCACCCAGCCCUCUACUUGCACCCAGGGCGCACCCGGCAGCACCCCAAGUAGAUGAAAGCAAAGAGAAGCUACAAAAUUCCAGCCAUGUCCACAUCCCUGCGAGUGAGCCCCUCGGUCCACGGCUACCGCUUCGACACAGCCCUGCGCAAGAAAGCCGUGGCCAACAUCUUCGAAAGCAUCAAUGAAGAGUCCCUACAGAAACUCUUCAAAAACUCCGGAGACAAGAAGGCAGAGGAAAGAGCCAAGAUAAUCCUCGCCACCGAUCAGGACUUGGAGGAGAAAACGAGAGCGCUAAUGGCACUAAAGCAGAGGAGAAAAGACAAGCUGCUUCAGUUCCUGACAUUUCGGAAAUACUCCAUUAAAGUUCACUGAACUGAUGGAAGGAGCAGAAAUGGAGGAGAACAUUUCAGGAUGGGACUGUUUGUGACCUCUUGCCACACACGGCGCGCUCCAGGGCCUGGCGAGGGUCUUGUUGGACCUCCCGCAGGGCUUCAGCCCCACCAUGCACGCAGCAAACUGCAGCGCCGAUGGCAGCAUCCGCGUGGACAGCAGUGUCGGUGCAAACAGCAGCAUCGGCAUGGAUGGCAGCAUCGGCGCAGCUGGCAGCAUUGGUGCACACGGCAGCAUCGGCACGGCCAGCAGCGCAGCGGCCAGAGGCUCCCAGAGGGAGGGCAGACCCCCGCAGGAGGCAGCCAGGCUCCUCUGGGCGGCCGUGGGACUGAGCCGUGGGGGAAGCCGCACGCCUGGGAGCGACCUGAGACCUUCUGAUGGACUAGGGGUUCACUGACUUCACCUGUGUGUGUUGCCUUUCCAAACAUUUUCCUUAAAGUCUGUGCCCCUGCUGAGCCUCGCUGUCUAGGGCCAGGAGGGAGGUUCUGGAGACUGAUCAGCUACUGAUCAUGGAUCACUUUGCAUUUGUUAAAAUGCAUGUAAGCGCACCGUAUGGGUGCAGUAAGUUCAUCCUGCAGGGAAUGCAUUUGCUCUAGAGACACACUGCGCCUUUUCUUUCUCGAGCUGUAUGUGUGCAGUAUAAAUUGUUUGCACAGAAGCAAUAAUAAUGAUGUAUUUCCCUGAAUUUACUGUGAAAACCCCUAAUAUUUUGUUCACUUCCCAUUAACACUAAAAAUCUAAAUAUCAUAACUAUAUUUCUUAUUUGUAUAGAUUACAAUAGCUAUUAGAUGAGUACUUCAUGGCAAUAUUUUAUGACAAUAUUAUAAUAUCAACUAUAAUUUAUUGCAUAUGACAAUCUGAAAAUUAAUAAAUUAUGAAGUAAAUAUAAA